UCUAACACUUUUCAGAAGACGAAAUCAUAUCGAACGAUAGCCACGAAUUGGAAGCAGUGGAAACAAUGAACCUUCUAAGCCAAGCUCCCGCCGGAGCUUUAUCGGCAACUCAUCGUUGUUCCCUCAAAUUCACCAACCCUAUUCCUCCUCUCUUCUCCCACCGCCGGCCCACUAAAGUCUCCACUACUAACCCAAUUCACGGCCCAAAAAAUCGCCCUAAACCCCUCACUCUUGCUAACGCUGAAUCGUCUUCCGGCGCCGGCGCUCCUCGUCAAACUAAUACUACUACUACUAGUACUAGUGGAUCAAAUAAUGGGUCAACUUCUUUCGGCUCAAAUGAUGGAAUCACUUUCGUGGGCCAAGAUACUGUUCCUCUUGAAGGUGUUAUCCAGUUUGAGAAACCCGAUUCUUCUUCCUUUAGUGAUAAACUCAACAAAUGGGGGUAAGUCUUUGUUUAUCUGAUUAGUAAUUCCUCUGUCCCAAUCUAUGCAUGCACUUUUCUAUUAGUCUGUCCCCUUUCAAU